AUGCCAAACCCCAGAGUCCGACCACCCAUGGGAAGCCUGUUGGCAACCAAGCCACUUGAAAUCUUAGCAAUAGACUUUACAGUCCUUGAACCAGCAACGGAUAGAAGGGAGAAUGUCCUUCUUAUGACUGAUGUCUUCCCCAAGUUUACAUAUGCAAUUCCAACAAGAGACCAGAAAGCCACUACAACAGCUAAAGUCCUUGUAAAAGAAUGGUUUUUCAAAUAUGGAAUUCCCCUCAGAAUCCACUCAGACUAAGAAAGAAACUUUGAAAGUGAAGUUAUCGCUAAACUUUGCAGACUUUAUGGAAUCAAGAAGACACAAACUACACCGUAUCACCCACAAGAAAAUGCAAAAUGCGAGAGGUUCAACAGAACAAUGCAUGAUCUGCUUAGAACUCUCUCACAAUCAAAGAAGCACAAAUGGCCAGAACACCUACCAGAGUUGUUGUAUGUUUACAAUGCUACACUUCAUUGAUCUACAACAUACAGUCCUCAUUUUGUUAUGUUUGGACAGGGAGCUCGACUUCCAAUUGAUUUACUCCUACGCGGAGAUGAAGAAGUUGAUGAAAACCAGUCUGAUUGGCUAGCAGAACACCAGGCAAGGUUGACAGAUGCGUACCAAAGAGCAGAGGAGCACCUCAAGCAACAGGCUGAGAAGCGACAAGACCAACACUUUGAGAGAGAGUACAACAUCCCAAUUCAGAAAGGUCAACUAGUGUAUCUAAGAAAUCAUGUACGUGGGCGUAACAAGAUUCAAGAUGCUUGGGAUUCUAUCCUGUACAAAGUUGUCGAUGUCCCACGAGACAACUUUGUAUCAUUUUUCACAGUGGAACCUGUGGAUUGUCCAGGUGAAAUUAAGAAGGUGCAUCGAGGUAACCUGAGGAUAAGUAGUCAGUCCAAACAAGGAACAGAAAGGCCAGACCCAAACCUGUCAAACGUACAUCAACUGAUUCCAAUAUUGCAACUGACCAAGAAGACGGUGCAGACUAAGAGGUUUGUGUUAAUUCUCCCGACCCGACUUUAUAAACUGUAAAUGUUAAGUCACUCAACACAACGACAACAAAAUCACAACUCACAACAAUCCAGGCAUUACAAGGACAUAUCUGGAGUAACAAAAAUGAGUUGCAAACUACUAUGCUUGCUUACUAAAGAAAAACCUUGAGGGAGAAAAGCACUGAGAAAGGUUACUGACUUAAAGAAAAAAAAAAAAAAACAAUGAUAGAUAAGCACGAGACGACAGCAAAGUCUUUCAAGUAUGAUUUCCCACAGGAAAUUCGCUCCUGAACAUUACUUCGUCCAUAUUAUUGUGGAAACGAUAAUUUUUGGUGAAUCGUGAGAGCAUUAAUUUGCUGGUACUCUACAAAUCGCAGCAACGACUGCGAAUGACAAUGUGAGCGCUGCGAUUUAAAUACGCCCUUAAUCUUGCUUCCGUUUCCUAAACUUGACUUGCAUGUCCAUAACUGUUUCUGGGAAGUAUGUCAGAUGUUUCAGAGGUCACUUCUAAUUCUCAAGUGCCAAUGGAAGCGCCGUAAGUCUCCAUUAUAUUUUAGUACAUACCAUAGUUGUAGUUGUUGUAGACAACCAAGUCUAUCCCAAAAGCGAUUCACAACUGAAAUGCAAUUUUUGCUAACAGUGACCUCGAGACAAACACCUCUUCAUCAGGAAACUUUGAUGCAGGAAAGCGCCUGAGGAGUGCUGUGUGGCAUUUCUGUACAAGGUCUAUCGAAGUUGUGGGAACCUCACAAUGCACUAUCUGGUCUGAUGUUGUGAAGCAUGCAAACAACACGUCAAAUCUAUUUAAGGUAUUGUCCACUGAAGGGCUUUUUAAUAUUGUAUUAUAAAUUGAAGAUUAUUCAUAUUUUCUUUUAUAGCAUUAGAAAUUAAAACACCCGGCUCAGCACAAGGAAGCUGAAAACCAGAGAAAAGAGGAGGAAGAAAAAGCAUCCAAGAGGCAUAAGACCACUGACAACCUACAGCAGCAUACCAUAUCAGAGAUGGCACAAACUUGGCAAAAGUAUUCGCCGACUUGCGCACGAACCAAGAACAUUGAUGAGGCCCUUAUAAGAAUGAUUGCAAUCAACAUGCAACCAGCAACCAUUGUAGAGGACACCGGAUUUCAGUCGCUGGUGUGUUUGCUUGAUUCUUGGUACCAGCUGUCCUCCAGAAGACACAUAAUGAGAAGUUUGCUACCUGAUAUGUACACAACCCGUGCUGGAGAGAUAAAGCGGGAACUUCUGCAGAUUUCUCACGUAGCUCUGACUAGUGACCUGUGGACAUCAAGAACAACGGAAAGUUAUCUUGCUAUCACCUGCCACUUUGUUACUUCCACGUGGGAACUCAAGUUCCUGGUUCUAGCGAUGUUUGGGUUAAAAAAAGACCACACGGCUGAGCACAUUGCGGCGUCAUUCCCAAAAGUUGUAGAAGAAUGGGGAAUUUCCCGAAAAGUUGUUGCGAUGGUUACUGACAAUGCUGCCAACAUUGUUGCCGCCGUCAGACACACUGGUUGGACACAUGUCCCUUGCUUUGCACACACCCUGAAUCUAGUGGUUUCUGAGGCAAUUAAGGCUGAAACAAAGAUCCAUCAGCUUAGAAAGAGCUGCAGGGACAUUGUGAGCUUUUUCCACUUCAGCAUUAAGGCCUCAGAAAAGCUAAAGGAGAUACAACUGCAGCUGGGAAUUCCCGAGAACAAACUCAUCCAAGAAGUAAAAACCAGAUGGAACUCAACUUACUACAUGUUGGAACGCAUCACGGAGCAACAUCAAGCCAUUACCACAGCACUUUGUUUCUCUGGUUGUAAUGCAAUGUGUCUUUCAUCUUCUGAUGUGAGCCUGCUGAAAGCUGCCAUGGCCGUUUUGAAACCCUGUGAGGCAACGACCAAAAAGAUUUCUGCCGACAAGCAUGUCUCCAUUUUUAAGGUGAUACCUCUGGCGAACUCACGACAGUGUUUGACUGGUGCGAUUACAGAAAAGGACACACCCCUGGGUUCCAACCUUAGUUACCAGAUGAGACACCGCUUCACAAAUAUUGAAAGCGCUUGCAUGCUGGUGAUGUCGACCUUAUUGGAUCCCCAGAUGAAGAAAUUGGCGUUCAGUGACUCUCCAGCCAUGAGACAGGCAGAGUAGUGGGUUGUUCAGGAGAUGUCAUGGCAUGUCCAGACUAAUGAUUCCAAUGAAGAUAGGCAGCCCAGUAAUACAACUGAAGCAGCUGGCCUGUGGGACCUCUUCGACUCAGUGGUCCAGCAGUCAACAUCACAAAGAACCUCAACCAGCAAUGCAACACUGGAAGCCAGAAAGUAUUGUGAAGAACCAGUGCUGGCAAGACUUCAAGAUCCCUCACUGUGGUGGAAGGAGAAUGAGCAAUACUAUGAACUUAUCGCAAAAAUUGCGAAGAAGUAUCUUUGCAUCCCUGGUACAUCUGUUCCCGCCAAAAGGGUGUUCUCUAAAGUAGGGGAGCUAGUCUCCAUGAGGCGUAAUCGGCUGAAGCCAAAGAUUGUGAACAUCUUCUUAUUUUUAAACAAAAAUAUCUGAGAUUUUUCUUUACCUGCUGCUAUCUAAGCUCUUUUUUUUUAGCUAACUUGGCUGGCUGAAAGUAAAGUAGACGCUAGUUACCUGAUAUUGUUUUUUAACGAUAUUGAUUUCACUUGAGGUCUAGUAAUAUGUAUCAAGUCCCUAUGUUCACUCGUCGAAUAGUAAGUAUGGCCCUUCUGUAUAGUCCUGUAUACCAGGGAGGCUCUGAUGUAUCGAGUAUUAAAGCGCAAGAUCCAUAAUAAGUCAAGUAGCCGUGUUCGGUUAUUAUAAGUGACCCGUGCAGUAGCUGGUAAAAUUUCAUUGUGCACUUGCAGAUGACUUAAAGAUUGUACCAUUGCAGUUUCUCUUCAUUUCCUCGAAAAAAUUAAAAAUGUCUCCCAGUAAAUUGAAAUUUUUGACUUGACUGUCUUGUUGAUGCUACUAUAGAGAACUGAACCGGAAACCGUGCGAGAGUGCCUUAAUUUAGUCAAUUAGAUCACGUGACUUACAUUUAUUUCAAUGACGUCAAAGUAUUGGUAUCGAUAGCGAAGAAAAAAGGAAGUGUCGUACUCGGUAUCGUAUCGAUUCAAAAAAGCCGUAUCGGCCCAUUCUUAUCAUUACCCGCAGCAGAGAACCCAGAUUCAGAGACUUUACCUACAGCACCAAGACGAACAAGGUGGGAAACAGCUGGAAAACACAAGAAUAAAUUCAAACAACCAAGAACUGCACCAACAAAUUCCAUAGCUAUUACAGUCAAUGAACUUUCAGUAUAUCUAGUGAUAACUGCCUUGUUAGUAUUAUAUGGAAUAUAUAUUUAG